AUGGACACUGAUUGGUUAGAAGGUUUAUAUAAUGCAUUUAUUAAGGGUGAAAACAAUAUAAUGGAUCAAAAUGAAAUUGAUUCUAGUGAUGUAUUUAAUGAUGAGAUGGAUGGUGAUAGCACCUCAAGUCAAGAAGAAAACGAUAGUCAUAAUGGUAAUACUAGUAUGGAAGAUGAAGAAAACAAUUAUUUCCAAAGUGAUGAGAGUGACUCUUACAACAUAUCUUCUGAGAAUGAUUUAGUUGAUGAGUUUAAUGAGGAAGAAGGCUUGGAGGAUUUGGGUUUGGAUGGGGAUGAAAACAGUUCACAAGUGAGAAGUAUCAUUAAUGAUUUGGAGCCUUUUGUUGGUAUGCAAUUCCAGGUUGAUGAUAAAGCAUAUAACCAUUAUAACAAAUAUGCAAACGAGAUUGGUUUUUUAAUCCGGAAAUAUAGGACUUUGCACUCAAGAGUUGAUAAUCAUGUCAUAGCAAGAUACUAUGUAUGUUCAAAUCAAGGUGAAAAAUCUUCAAAUGACAAAAAGAGGCGAAUGGAUUACAAGCCUCGUGCAGUAAAGAAAACUAAUUGUAAAGCUUUAAUGAGGAUCAAGUUCAAUAAUGGGGUGUGGGCAGUGGAUAUGUAUGAAAAAGAGCACAACCACCCAUUAAUGGAUAAGAAUGAGUCAUUUAGACUUAGAUCACACAAGAAAAAUGAUAGAGGUACAAUUGAACUUAUAAAACGGCUCCGUAAGUGCGGGUUAAGACAAUCCCAAAUAGUGACAAUUCUAAGAGAAUUUGCUGGUGGAACGCAACAUGCUGGUGUACGUGAUGAUUUAUAG